AUGAAUGAAAUAUUUUGUGAGAUUCCAGAAGAAAUCGAGAAUCUUAUCAACUUGGAGGACUUAUUUAUGAAUCUCAACCAGCUUUCAGGGGUUAUCCCCUCAAAUUUGGGGAAUCUACAAAUUCUAAAGCGAUUGCAGCUGAGCUAUAGCAACCUCAGAGGGACUAUCCCAUCAUCUUUGGGAAAUCUAACCAAGUUGAUUCAAUUAGAUCUUCAUGGGAACGAUUUUCGUGGGCAAAUUCCUUCACAUAUAUCAAACUGCCGGUCUCUUAAUGCACUUGAUCUAUCUGACAACAAUCUUAGCGGUGCCAUACCCCCGCAGCUUAUUGGUCUCUCAUCAUUGGCCAUCUUUCUGAACUUGUCGAAUAACCAUUUCACUGGGGUUCUACCCAUAGAAGUUGGCAACUUGAGAGCUUUGACCGAGUUGGACUUAUCCGACAAUUUAUUGGUAGGUGAAAUCCCGAUUAGUCUAGGUCAAAUUCCAGAAUUCUUGGCGGUAUUUCGAUCUUUAAAACUUUUGAAUUUGUCGUACAAUAAGUUUGAAGGCAUGCUACCAUGUGAAGGAGUCUUUAAGAAUGCUACUAGUACUUCUAUUGUUGGUAAUAAUGAGCUAUGCGGCGGAUUGCCAGAAUUUCAUCUCCCUAAUUGCAUUUCCAAAAGCUACAAAAGCAUAAAGAUCAAUAUAGUGAUAGUUUUCACUUAUGUUAUUUCUGGAGUUCUUGGAAUGGCUCUUAUUGUAGUUUUAAUAUAUCUUUGUUGGGUGAAGGAGAAAGUAAAUGAGCCAGUUUCAAGUUCAAUGGAUGAUUCACAUCUAAAUGUAUCUUACGGGACACUCUUAAAAGCAACCAAAGGUUUUUCUGGAGCAAAUUUGAUCGGUGUUGGUAGCUUUGGUUCGGUUUACAAGGGGAUACUUGAGGACAAGGGAAUGGUUGUUGCCGUGAAGGUACUUCAUUUAGUCUGUCGUGGUGCUUUGAAGAGCUUCAUAGUCGAGUGCGAGGCAUUAAAGAACAUCAAACAUCGAAAUAUUUUAAAGAUACUAACAGUUUGCUCUGGUAGUGAUUACCAAGGAAAUGAUUUUAAGGCCUUAGUCUAUGAAUUCAUGGACAGUGGAAGCUUGGAACAGUGGCUACACUCAUACGCAACAUCAUCUCAUGGGAAUAUGCUCCCAAAAAAGUUGAAUUUCAUUUGGAGGAUACAUAUUGCAAUUGAUGUUGCUUCUGCCCUAGAUUAUCUUCAUCACCAAUGCCACAUCCCUAUCAUUCAUUGUGAUUUAAAACCAAGUAAUAUCCUCUUAGAUGCUGAGAUGGUCGCACAUGUUGGAGACUUUGGAUUGGCAAAAUUCCUUCUUGAAUCAUCCCUUGAUACUGUAGAUAAUCAGAUGAGCUCAAUGGGUCUUAGAGGGACAAUGGGUUAUGCUCCAGAGUAUGCGAUGGGAUGCGAGGUUUCAAGAGAAGGUGAUGUCUAUAGUUUCAGCAUUCUCUUACUGGAGAUAUUCACAGGUUUGAGUCCCACCGAUGACAAAUUUAGAGACAAUUUGACUCUUCAUAGUUUUGUUGCAAAAGCUUUGCCUGAACGAGUGUUAGAAAUCACGGACAACUUUAUGCUUCAAGAAAGAGAGAACCAUUUAGGCCCGUAUAGUUGCCGGCGUUGGUCUUCCGAAAAGGAUAACAUCUUUCAAGAGUGUUUGAUCAUGGUGUACAAUAUUGGAGUUACUUGUUCGUAUCAAGAGCCAAGAAGACGGAUGAGCAUCAAUGAAGUUGUAAACCAACUGCAUCGGAUUAGGAAGAAACUCUUUGCAUUGGGUUUACAUGAACAAGAUGAACCACCAAUAGCUUAA